AUGUCAGCCGCAACAUUGGAAACAAUAUGGAGAAAGCGAAAGGAUGAGCGCUACAAAUUUGACAUGGAAGACAUGCUUGAAUUAAUUGGAAGGAAGAAAGGGGAAGCCAAAAAACAGAAAUAUCGGCAACAGUGCCGUGAUGCCAGCGCCCUAAGAAAGGUGUUCAGGCGGAGUCUCCACCCCGAAGACGAAGUGAUCCUGGCUUACUUGAAAGAAAAGCAGGAACGGAAAAUCAAAGAACUAUUUGGCCAUGAGUAUAAGUUGGAAAGGGAAGUAUGCCCAAAACGUCAGUUGGAACUACUCAUUCAAAAGUCAUGGGCAUCCAAAAAUAUUCUAGCCGACCUCUGGUGGAAGGGUUUUGAGGUCAAAGACAUGCUUGAAUUAAUUGGAAGGAAGAAAGGGGAGGCAGACAAACAAAAAUAUCGGCAACAAUGCCAUGAUGCCAGCUCCCUCGCGAAGGUAUUGAGGCCGCUGUUUCACCCAGAAGACGAAGUGAUAACUAGCUACUUACGCGAGAAGUUCAAGCAGCACCAAAACAAAUUUGAGCAGUCACGUCCUGUGGUAACGUCUGACUCGAGAAACAGAACGAAAAAGAAUGCAAUUGAAACGCAAAUGCCAACUGCUGUGGAGACAUCACCACCAGCGAUCGGUAAUGAACCAGCGAUCGGUAAUGAAUUGGGAGCCGAAAAUGAAUUUGAUAAUGAAUGGGAAGCCGAAAAUGCAAUUGAAACGCAAAUGCCAACUGCUGUGGAGACAUCACCACCAGCGAUCGGUAACCAACCAGCGAUCGGUAAUGAAUUGGGAGCCAAAAAUGAAUUUGAUAAUGAAUGGGAAGCCAAAAAUGCAAUUGAAACGCAAAUGCCAACUGCUGUGGAGACAUCACCACCAGCGAUUGAUAAUGAAUUGGGAGCCGAAACCGUGUCGUCCACAUCCCCAGCUACUGGUAAUGAACGGAGAGCCGAAACAGCGCCGCUUGAGUUUCCUACUGCACAAAGAAGCAUAAAGAUGGAGAUGUUAGAGAGGUUUGAUUUGAGUUCGAAACAAUUUCUUAUGGAAACCUUGCACCCAAGUAACGAGCCAGUAGAUUUGGAUUCGGUUUUACUGGACUGGAAGAAUACCGACAAAGCGAAAGUACAUGAAUGCUUUAGUCAACGGUUCCUUCCACUGAACACGGACGAUCUGGAAAAGCUUCUGAAGAAUAAGAUAUGGGUGCCACCUGGCAUGGCACUUGUCUCGGAUUCAAUGGAUUUUAUUAACAAAACUGAGCGAGAAAAGGCCAAGAAGCAAAACCAGCUUGCAGCUACAUUGCAAAAAAGAAAGACGGCAAAAACAGUGGCUAGAAGUCUUCUACGGAAGUCCACCAACCCGUACCAUCCUAUCCUGAAGUUUAUUCAUGCUGAGUUUGGAAGACAAGGAACAAAAAUGGCGCACAACGGAAGUUCCACCUAUGCCGAGGUUACUUAUGAAAGUAUCUCGGGCUUGGUGGAGGUUCUCCGAGAUCAAAAUGUUUCUUCCGCUAGUGACUGCAUCAUUGAUGCAGGUAGCGGCAUAUCGACCAUGGUGACACGUAUGUCGGUCGAGUUGCAGUGUCAAGCAUUAGGUUUGGAGUACUGUCACCAACGGACAUACCUUGCUGCCAACGCUACCACCAAACUUUAUGACGAGUUCCGUGACAACAAGGAUUUCAACCAGGGCACAAUGCUUGUUCUAGGAGAUCUAUAUGAUCUCAAGCAGAUCCGCAAACAAGUAACCGUACUGAUUAUGUUCGAUGAGGCGUUUCCACCGGACUUGAUGUACCACAUGGGGGAUCUCAUCAAGACGGCAUCAUCCAAUCUUCGUUUGGUAGUGUCGGCUAAGGGUAAAAGAGAGAGCUUUUACUCGCAACUUCUCUGCGAUGCGGGACUAUCCGAGCUGACAACUGUCAAGGCAAGCAAAACAGACAUUGGCGGAGCAACGACAUUUAUUGUAUUCAAGCGCGAGCAGAUGAUGGCAAGGUUGUCUUCUACCGAGCACAAAGAGGUGGCAAUGCAUCACCAGAUCGAGGCCGAUCUGGAACGCUUCAAGAAAGGCUCAUUUGAAUCGAGAAAGCAGCAUUACGAGUUGCUGUUGCGGAGGACAAAAAGUAUAAUGCAAACGGAGAAAGAGGCUCGGAAAGUCAAAAUGAGAGACGGCAAAAGCUCGCAAUGCCUCUGCAAAACGGAGGUCCGAUGCGAGAGUUCAUGCCCGAAGUGCCUACUAUACUUCAAGCAUGUUGACAUCAACCAGCUAUUGUGCAAGACAGUGCCCUGGUUGCCCACCCAACGUGGACUUUACUGCAAAACGGAUCUGAAAGAGGGUCAAUUUGUGAUCAUAUACUUAGGAAGACGCAAGGCAUCGGUCACCAAGAACGACCAGUACGUGCUGGUGAUGAAUGGCCAGAGAAUCGAUGCCAGGGGAUACGGGAUACACCAGUUUGUGAACCACAGCUGCAGACCGAAUUGUGAAUUGAGCAAGUGGACAGACCACAACGGCGAGGAGCGAGUCUCCAUUAGAGCUAGGGAGAAUAUUGACUGUCAGACAGAGCUGACGGUCAACUAUGGGGAAGGAAGGGAACCUUUCCAGUGUUGCUGCAGUACAUGCCGUCCUACAAAACAAACUGUGCUGUGGUUUGGCAUGACUGGAACCACAGUCGAAAGCAAACAAGUGCAGUACCCUACGGCCUCGCUCACCAAGAAACAGUGGAAAGAGUGGUUUGCCCUGUUCAAACGGAACAAUAAGGGCAUUUUUGGUCAGCAGGUGGCAAGAGAUUUUCUUCGCAUCGCGUCGGCAAGAAAAGAUGGAAACUGGGUUUACACGGUGUCUAAUAUGGCGAAAAUAAAGGAUAAGGAUCCAAUGUGGCACAAGCAUAACGACUGGAAUCACCCGUCUUGCCUUUCCAAGAUUGUCGGAUGCAUCGACGUAGUCGAGUUCAACUGGAUGUGGAUGCCAAGUGCGUACGUUGCAGAUAACCUUCAAGGCUUUUUCCCACGGGUUCUUCCCCAAUUGGUUGAACGACUUGCGUUGGGUGGGUACAUUAUGUGGCCUCUUCAACUUCACAUCCUGGAUAAGCUAUUGACCUACUGUAGGCCGGCUUGGAAGAUAGAAUUGUUGAGGGAGGGUGAAGCUGCGAGUCCCUUGUUGCAGGCCACUCGUAGACUGCAAGGAACAAUGAGCAACGAUGAAUACUACCAGGUCAUGAAGAAGACAAAGCAGCAGAUAGGUUUGUACGCUGGUCUUGACAGUCGCAAGGCCUUCCAAUGCAAUUCGCUCUCAAACAGGGCAUCCGUUGAACAAAUUGUAUACCAAUAUGCAUCUAAUGGUGAUAUCACGAAGCUUAAGUUCAUUCGCCUCUCUAAACGAAGCAUCGAUCCCCUAAUUGGGGAUCCCACGAAAGCGGUUGUGGCUGACCAAAAGACACUAGGAAAGACACAGCAAAGGAAGCCGAAAAACCAAAAGCAGGACAAGAACAAUCGAAGGGGGAGCACAUCUGAAACAGUUGCCUGGUGCUUUUGGGUGUCAUGGGACUUGUCCUAUAUUGUCCAGUACUUCCCCCUUAAUGCUAUAGCGAAAUUCCCUUAA